AUGAGCUACAUCACUCGCCGGGCUCUGUCCACCCUCAUCCCUCCCAAGGCUAUUGGUGCCGCCCAGGAUGCUGCUCGCAUGGAGCGUGUAGUUGGCUUCUAUGCUGGUCUGCCCCGUGGUCCCGCUCCUGCUCCCAAGCCCUCCGGAUUCCUUGAGCGCUACCAGGCUCGUUACUUCAACGGAAAGAACGCUUCCGGCAUGCCCCUCGUUCACGUCAUUGGAACCAUGUUGGUUGUCGGCUACAGCAUGGAGUACUACUUCCACUUGCGUAAGUUUGCUUCAAUUCCUUACUUCCGUCCUCUUGGAAUCUGA